CCUCGCCAGCCCGGAAGAGACGCCGCUCUGCGCAUGCCCCUUCCUUUCCCGUCCCGGCUCUGCACGUAGCGGCCGCCGCGAUGUUGAUGCCCAAGAAGAACCGGAUCGCUAUCUAUGAGCUCCUUUUCAAGGAGGGGGUAAUGGUGGCCAAGAAGGAUGUCCACAUGCCCAAGCACCCCGAACUGGCAGACAAGAACGUGCCCAACCUUCACGUCAUGAAGGCCAUGCAGUCUCUCAAGUCCCGAGGCUACGUGAAGGAACAGUUUGCCUGGAGACAUUUCUACUGGUACCUUACCAACGAGGGGAUUCAGUACCUCCGGGACUACCUCCACCUGCCCCCUGAGAUUGUGCCUGCCACCCUGCGCCGCAGUCGCCCCGAGACUGGCAGGCCACGGCCCAAAGGUCUGGAGGGUGAGCGACCAGCCAGACUGACCAGAGGAGAGGCCGACAGAGACACCUACAGACGGAGCGCUGUGCCGCCUGGUGCCGACAAGAAAGCCGAGGCUGGGGCUGGGUCAGCCACGGAGUUCCAGUUUAGAGGCGGAUUUGGUCGUGGACGUGGUCAGCCACCCCAGUAGAGUCGGAGGGGAUGCUUUUGUGGUGAAUAAACCUGUAACCAGAAAAGAAAAC